GUCUGACUUUUAGAAGAAAAACGGAGAGGCUAAUGUGUUAUGUGGACAGAACCACGCACACAGACUGGCGUGCCGACUCCUGAAUGACAAGGAUCAGCGCCUUCAGAUCAGGGUGGCACCAACGACAUGGGGCUUGUGGUUUGGAUGUGCUGGCUGCUGGCUCUCCCACUGCUGCAGUCUGCCAAGAUCCUGACUGUCUGCCUAAUUGGAGGAAGCCACUACUUGUUAUUUGACGAGAUCUCCCAUAACUUUCACCUGCACGGCCACGAAGUUCGCAUGCUCCUGCAGCUGGGCAACCCUGUCAUUACAGGUUUGUCCUACGGUGGUCGCAAUGGCAGCUACCGGACCAGCACCUGGUCCCUUGGAGAGGAUUACAUUAAGCAGUACAACGGCUGGUUCUUGGAACAACAAGCACAGUUUCUACUGGGCCGGGACAGCUUUUAUGGCUUUUUGAACUUCAUGGGCCACCUUUCCUAUCAGUGCGACAAGCUCUUAGGGGACGACGAUCAAAUAACUUUCCUCCAGAAGGAGCAAUAUGACGUCGCUAUCCUGGAUGCUUUUAACCCCUGCUCCUUCAUCGUAGCACACAAACUUGGUGUCCCCUACAUUGCCUUUUAUCCAGGUUCUUUGAAUGGCCCCCUGUCCAUUGCCAUCCCGGCCUCCAUUUCCUCAGUGCCAGCUUUCAGCUCCCAGUUGUCGGAUCGCAUGGACAUCUGGGAUCGUGCAAAGAAUUUCAUCUACACGCUGCUGGGUGCUGUAGGUCAGAAAAUUGUCUGGUCCAUUUUCAAGGACAUAGCCGAGCGACACCUUGCUUCGGGCUCCCCGCCUGGUGGUCUGGACGAAUUCCACCAGAGGGCAGAACUCUGGGCAUUCAACACCGACUUUUCCCUCGAGUUCCCGCAGCCUCUCUUGCCUGCCACCGUGUUGAUGGGGGGGCUCCUCAAUAAACCUGCUGAGCCUCUAGAACGGGAUCUGGACUUGUGGAUCUCCAGUUUCGGAGAGUCAGGAUUCAUCAUCGUGGCGUUGGGAUCGAUGGUCUCUUCUGUGUCUGUGGACCGGCUUCUGGUAGAACUAGUGGAUGGCUUUUGCAUGAUCCCCCAGGGUGUGAUCUGGAGGUAUGACCGUGACCUUUGGCCACGUCACUUGAGCAAACCUUCCAAUCUCUUACUCGUGGACUGGCUGCCUCUCAAUGACUUGCUCGGACAUGACAAGGUGCGCCUUUUCAUCACCCACGGAGGUCAGAACAGUCUUCUGCAGGCGGUGUAUCACGCCGUUCCCGUGCUGGGCAUCCCCCUGUUUGGAGAUCAGUUUGACAACGUGGUGAGGGCUGAAGCAAAAGGCCUCGGCCUCGCCAUCAGCCCCACGCGGAUCACCGGCAAGCUGCUGAACUCCACCAUCCAAACUGUCAUACGGAAUGUCAGUUUCAAGUCGGCAGCUUUGUCCCUCAGCCGUAUCCACAGAUCACACCCCGUGCCCCCCGCACUUCGACUUGUGCAGUGGGUGGAGCACAUCCUACACAGCGGAGGGGGAGCUCACCUGAGGCCUGCCUCACUGCAGCAGUCGUGGUAUCAGAGAUGCCUGCUGGAUGUGCUUUUCCUCAUCGUGAUGGGUCUUGCCGGGUCCAUCCUUCUCUGCUGGAUUUUCUGCAAGAGCAAGACAAGCAAAGGUGACAGUAAGAAAACACAAUAGUAGCACUCUUUUGGUCUCCUGGGGAAACCCUCUGUCGAUCCAGCUCAUAACUGAGUCCGCCGCCUUGCUCAAGGGAAUCAAACCUGAGACCUUUUGAUCAUAGGUUGCAUUAUACCCAUUUCUUCACAUUUAGCAUGGUUGUUGCAAGCCCAGCAUGGAAUUUGUAUUCAAAUAAGGCAAGUCGUGUUGAUGUAGAAGAUCUUUGCGUGAUCAAAAGUCCUGAAAACACAUUUUUUUAAUAAAAUGAUUCAAAGUCUCAGUGGAACCUCAAA